AUGCAGCCUCACGAUAGCCGCUUUCUUCGGGAGCCAAGACGACGAAACAAGAAGAACCCUGGACGGGGUGAGAGCGACUUCCUCUCCUCAGGAGACAUGGAAGACUACGCCGUCUCGACAUACCUGGGCAGGAUCACAGGGGCUAUGCAAGAAAGUGAUCCGGACGAGGAGAAGUCCGCAGAUCCGGCCAACACAUGCUUUUAUUAUUUGAAGACCAAAUGCCAGAGGUUAUCAUCAUGGUAUCUUUUCGACUAUUGCAUGGGACUCGUUCUACUCAUCAACUCCAUAUGUGUGGGUGUCGAAGUGCAGGCGGGGUUGCUUGGAUCACCACCAACCUGGGCGUUGCCUUUGGACAUCCUCUUCGUGACGAUGUACAUUUGUGAGAUUGCGAUACGUCUCACGGCUUGGGGCUGGAGAGUUUGUUUUACGGAUGGUUGGUUUGUGUUUGACUAUGUCUCCGUGGUAUUGGGGUCGGCCAGUAUUAUUGCGCAGCUCUUGGGCCCCAUGCUCGGAAGCACGGAGUUUUUGUCCUUCCUGAACUCCGUGAUCGUCGUGCGCUCCCUGCGCCUGCUCCGGCUCGUCCGGGCCCUGCGGAUGCUGCGCUGGUUCCGCACGGCAUGGAGACUUGUCUUUGGCCUUCUUACAUCUGGCACCACGAUGACCUCCACAUUGGGACUGGUCUUACUGACUCUCUACGUUUCGGCCUGCUUGGGAGUAGAGCUCAUCUCCAAGGAUGCUAUCUUGACAACGGAUCCAACCACAGAACACAUCGUUCAGCAUCACUUCGGCUCCCUCUCAAUGACUAUGUUGACCUUGGCUCAGUUCGUAACUUUGGAUUCUAUCGCUGAUAUCUACAGACCUCUGGUCUAUCUCAAGCCAGCGCUAGUCGUGUACUUCUCCGGGAUCAUCCUUGUCUUAUCCAUCUCUUUGAUGAACUUAGUGACUGCCGUUCUGGUGGAAGGAGCUUUGGAGAACGCGCAACAUGAUCGAGAGCUGAAAAGGCAUGUCUUGCAGGAGAAGCUCCGGAGAGCAGCACCGAAGCUGUCUUCAAUGUUCGAAACGCUGGAUGUAAACCAGGAUGGGACAGUGUCUCUGGAAGAGUUCAUGCAGAUGUCAGUGGAUGUCUUCCCACAGGAGCUCUUUGACAACAGCAGCGUGUCCAGCUUGCAGGAAGUUUUCGAGAUUCUGGACAUCAGUGGCAAGGGCUUCCUCUCUCAAUCGGAGUUUGUGGAGGGGCUCCUAAACAUGUUCCUACUCGAUGUACCUAUUCACACUAUCCAAAUUUUGCGGCUCCUUCGCAUCUUGGAGUCUCGGAUCAAUGUCCUGCAUGAUGAGAUCCGAUGGCUUGGUGAUGGCAGCAUGGAAACGUCAGAUGGACUUGGAGUGACUGCCAAGAAGAAAGAGAUUUUCAUCACUCGAAAAGGGAGACCGGCUGCAGAACAGGAAUCCGAUCACGCCGAGCCUACGAACCAGGUGUUCACCAACAACAUCGCCAUCAACCAGAUUGUGGCGGAGCAUCUGGCAAGCACAAAGAACUAA